UUGAAUUUUCUUUAUUUCACAGAAAAGGAAGUAAAUUGAAAAAUGCAAUAUUUGAGUGGAUAUAAAUCUUAAAUCUUGUCAUAAGAAAGAAAUAAAACUGAUAAUAGGAUAAAAAUGGCGACUAAGGGUGGCAACAAUGCAUCGGAUGAAAUUAUAGACACCAAAUGCUCUGUGUGUGCUGGAAAAAAUAUAACGCGAGAAGCUGAAAAAUACUGUGUAGAAUGUCAGGACUAUUACUGUAUACCAUGCACAGACACGCACAAAACUUUUCCGGCACUGAGAGCACACAAAUUGCUGGAUAAAUCCGAUUUCAGUUCACAUGGUCUACAGUCAUCUUUACCGUCUUUUCCAACAGAGAGAUGCCGGAUCCAUAAAGCCAAACUUUUGGACAUGUUCUGUAAGAACCAUGAUGAGGUUGUCUGUGCCACUUGUGUAGCUAUAAAUCACAGAACAUGCCCGGAUAUACACUCUAUUCCGGACGAUGUUGAUAAUCUAUACAAACAAUCAGCUUCUGAUCAAACCAAGAAACAACUCCUAGCAGCAAAGAAGGAUGUAGAGGAUAAAAAGAAAGCCAAACAACAAAUCCUCAGUGAGCUGAAGAAACAAAAGCAGAGAGCAACUGAUUCUAUCAUAAACUACAGAAAAGAACUGGAGGCUGAGCUCAAGAGACUUGAAACUGAAUCACUCAAGGAAGUUGAUGCACAGUAUAGAGGAACAAAAAGAGAUCUACAAAAUGAGAUCAAGGAAGCAGAGCAACAUAUUGAUGUCUUAGAACAAUCUACUGCCAAGCUACAAAUGUGUCAUGGAAAUAAAGCCCAAGAAUUUGUAUGUUUCAAAACAGCUCAGAGAAAUAUUCUUACAGCCAAAAGUUCCACAAGUAAACAACAAUCAGAAGUGAAAAUAUUUUUUUCUGCUGAUAUGAAAAUAAAAAACUACCUAAAACAGUUAAAAACAUUAGGAGAGGUGUCUACAUCAGAAGCAACUUACAAGCCAAGAACCACAGCAUACACAGUAAAACAACAGAGGAAUAUUGAUAUUCGGCUUAAAGAAGACAGAAAUGCAUGUACAAUAUGGGGAUCCUGUUUUACUGAGGAUGGUUCCUUGCUGCUUGCUGAUUGGUAUAAUAACAAGUUGAAACGUCUGGAUGUCUCUACAGAUACCAUCACAGACCAUCUAGAUCUGGAGGCAGACCCUCGUGCUGUAUGUCUAACCAGUAAACAAGAAGCUGCAGUAAGUCUUCACAACAAAACCAUACAGUUUGUAUCACUAGGAUACAAGAUGACAACAACAAGGAAGCUGAAGAUGGACCAUUACUGUUUUGGUCUGGCCUUCAAUGAUGGGAAAUUGUUCAUAUCUGAUCAAAACCAAACAGUUUAUAUUCAUGAUGUAAGUGGCACCAUGCUCCAUAAAAUUACAACUGACAAAUCAGGCAACCCUAUUUUCACUUUCACUAGACAUAUUAGUGUGAGUACAAACAGAGACCGUGUGUAUGUGGCUGAUAAUAAUAAAGGUUUGAUAACUCUAGACAUACAGGGAAAUUAUCUAUCAACAUUUACUGAUCCUGAUUUAGUUUAUCCUCAUGGAGUAUGUACAGAUAUGAGAGGAAACAUACUGGUCUGUGGGUUUGAAUCAUCAAAUAUUGUCCAGAUAAGUGAGGAUUCAAAAACAAAGUUAGGCAUAAUCAAAACAGAUCAAUAUCCAUUAUCAGUCUGCUUUGAUCCUCACCAGAACAAACUAGUUGUAACUCAUCUUAACAGCAAUACUGUAAAAGUCUAUGAGCUGAAGUAAGAUACAUUUACUGCUGCUGACAUCACAACUUGAAACAAUGAAUGAUCACUUACUUACUUUUGUUGGACUUUAAUGUCACAUUUCUUUUAAAAAAAUACAACACAAUUCAAGUCAUUAUUAAUUUUGGAAUUAUAAUAUAUCAUUUAUAGUAAAACAUUAUAAAAUAAGUUUAACAAGCAAAUUCGAUGAAUUGGUAUCCCCCGCCGAAAGGGUUUGUGGUGAGGAAUGGCAAAAAAAUAUAUCCGGCAAAAAGUUAAGGAUGUUAAUAAGAAGCAAAUAAUUUCAUUAGUCAAAAUCAAUUUAACAGAAAACAAAUGUUUAAUUAAAGAGUACAUAAUAAAUGUAUGAUACAUUGAUCCUGACUAAAGAAUUUAUUUUGAAUGGGGUAUGCUUACUGUAAUAAGCUUAGCUUUUAAAAUUAAAUGCAGUUAAUUGAAAUGUGAGCUUGAAGCUUAACUGGAACAAAAUAUUGUCUUUGAGUGGUUGCUGUUUAACAUGUACAUUUGAACUUAAAAGAACAGAAUGUCCCUAAGAGAACACAGGUAAGAUAUCUUGAACAUGGCUGAGGGCAAGGUUUGUGCAGUCACAACUUAACAUGUUGAAGGUUUG